GGAGGAGCGGGAGGAGGGAUGGGAAAAGGAUCGGGAAAAGGACGAGUGGGAGGAGGAGCGGGAGCAGGUGCGGGAGAAGGAGCGAGAGGGGAAAUGCGAAGGGGCGGAGGAGCCGCGGGAGGAGGAGCUGGAGAAGGAGGAGCGGCAGGGGAAACGGGAAGGGGGUUAGGAGCGGGAGAAGGAGCUCGAGGAAAAAAGGGGGGCGGAGGAGGCGUGGGAGGAGGGGCGGGAGAAGGAGCGGGAGGAGGAGCGGGAGGGGAAACGGGGAGGGGGUUAACGAAUGCGCGGGAGGCGAAGGAGGGGGAGGAGAUAUAUGUGGAGGAGGAGAACCGGGAGGAGCACGAGGACGAGCGGGAGGAGCGGGAGGAGGAAUGGGGGAAAGAGCAGGAAGCAGCGGGAGAAGGAGAAGCAGCAGGAGGGAGAGCGGGAGAAGGACGAGCGGGAGAAGGAGCGGGAGGAGGAACGGGGGAAAAAACAAGGGAAGCAGCGGGAGAAGGAGAAGCAGCAGGAGGGAGAGCGAGAGGAGGAGCGCCAGGGAAGCAGCGGGAGAAGAAGCAGCAGGAGGGAGAGCGGGAGAAGGAGAAGGAGGAGGAGAGGGAGGAGCAGCACGAGAACGAGCGGGAGCGGGGCUAUGGCGGGAUGUUUGUCACGUUGUUUGGCAGAGGAGGAGCGGGAGGGGGAGGAGGGGGAGGAGGAGGAGGAGCGGGAGGAGCAGGAGGAGGCGUGGGAGAAGGAGCGGGGAAGGAGCUGGAGUGGGGCUAUGGCGCGGGAAGAGGAGCGGGAGGAGCAGGAGGAGGAAUGGGGGGAAAAGCAAAAGAAGCAGCAGAAGAAGGACGAGCAGCAGGAGGAGCGGGAGGAGAAGCAAGAGAGGGAGCGAGAGAAGGAGAGGGAGGAGGAGAGGGAGUAGGAGCGGGAGAAGGAGCGGGAGCGGGGCUAUGGCGGAAUCUUUGUGACUUAUGGUGCCAGAGAGGGACGGCGCAGCUGACACUUCGUGGAGGACAGCAUGCCCGCUCUAUUGCUUUGCAGAAUGUAUGAACCUGCUUUCCCGACCCAAGUUCAGUUUCAAUUUGGUUUGCCCUUUUCCUUCUUCCGUGGACUUGACACCCUUGCCGUA